CGCAGGCGUGUCCGAUAAGCCUUUCCCACGCCACCAUCAACCAUUGCAGCAGCCAUUCCAUCCCGCUUACCAAGGUAUCAUCCCCAUCCUGUAGGAGGUUGUCCGUGUCCAAAUCCCUCAUUCUCUACCUCCCGCCUGCAGCCUCUUCGAAUCACAUCACCAAACAACCCCGCCCACCACACCACAACCCCAGCCACAACCACCACAAUGGGCCCCCCACUCCGUAUCGCCAUCCUCGAAUGCGACACGCCCGUCGAAAAGGUAAAUCUGAAGUACAAAGGCUACCACGGGGUCUUCUCGCUGCUGCUCCGCGAAAGCGCCGCAGCGCUCGGGCAGCCCGAAAAGCUAGAUCCAGAGACGGGCAUGGACAUCAGUGGAUGGGACGUGGUGACGGCCCAGGAGUACCCGAAGCUGGAGGACGUAGACGCGCUGGUUCUGACUGGUUCAAAACACGAUUCGUUCGAGGACCACCCGUGGAUCCUGAAAUUGAUCGAAUACACUAAGCAAGCCAUGCAGGACAAGCGCGUGAAGAUCUUCGGCAUCUGCUUCGGACAUCAGAUUCUGGCCCGUGCGCUGAACGUCAAGGUCGGGCGGAACACGGCGGGGUGGGAGCUGGCAGUAUGUGAGGUGGAUUUGUCGCAGGCUGGGAAGGAGCUGUUCGGAAGGGAUAAACUCCGCAUCCACCAAAUGCACCAAGACAUCGCCUACGGCUACCCGUCGGAGGUGAUCUCUCUCGGGGCGUCACCCAAAUGCGCCGUGCAGGGCAUGUACAUCCCCGGGAAAUUGAUCACGGUCCAGGGCCACCCGGAGUUCCGGGAAGAUAUCAUGACGGAGCUGAUCACGCUGCGCACUGCGACGGGGCUGUUCAACAAGGAACAGUCCGAAGACGCCAUGUCCCGGGCGGGCAUCGAACAUGACGGUGUCGCGAUUGCGGGAGCUUUCUUGAAGAUGCUUCUUGAGUAGAAGUGCUAGCUAUACAGGUAGAGCUUACGGCUGGGAAGGAAGGCUGGUAUACCUUCUCCCCGAUGACUUGCUAUUAUAGACGAGCGGUUUAUAUAGACGCAGAUACAGAUAGAUCUCCACAACCGGAAAUAUGAUUCCACGACGUUGACGCAAA